CCAUAGCAACAGGCGCAGGGCGGCUUGGGAGCCGUUGAGGCGCCGAACUACUUAAGGAGCCAGGUGUUGCAAGGCGCAGCGGCUGCACGUCGUGCCGAUGGCCCGCUACGAGGAGGUAAGCGUGUCCGGCUUCGAGGAGUUCCACCGGGCCGUGGAACAGCACAAUGGCAAGACCAUUUUCGCCUACUUUACGGGUUCUAAGGACGCCGGAGGGAAAAGCUGGUGCCCCGACUGCGUGCAGGCUGAACCAGUCGUACGAGAAGGGCUGAAGCACAUUAGUGAAGGAUGUGUGUUCAUCUACUGCCAAGUAGGAGAAAAGCCUUAUUGGAAAGAUCCAAAUAAUGACUUCAGAAAAAACUUGAAAGUAACAGCAGUGCCUACACUACUUAAGUAUGGAACACCUCAAAAACUGGUAGAAUCUGAGUGUCUUCAGGCCAACCUGGUGGAAAUGUUGUUCUCUGAAGAUUAAGAUUUUAGGAUGGCAAUGAUGUCUUGAUUUCCUGAUUUGUUCUAGUAUCAAUAAACUGUAUACUUGCUUUGAAUUCAUGUUAGCAAUAAAUGAUGUUAAAAAACUGG